AUGAGAGGACUUAAAUAAGAGAGCCAAUAUGAGCAGAGAAAGGAAGAGGAGAGUUGGUUCAGAUUCAACCGUUCGGUGUUCUUGUUUCACUACCCCGAACCUGAAUCUAUUUAACUCCUCUCCGAGGACGAGACCCAGAGCUUGCUUCAGGAAGAUCCUGAGUCGUUGGCUUGCCCUACACCCGCUAACAACAAUUCGGGUGCUGCCAUUAACUAAUUAAAAACUGGUGCCUGUUGCUCUCGCAUAUCCAGUAUGAUGACACCCUCAAUUAUCUAAAAAUAAGAGCAAGCUUUGAAGAGCGAAGAGAUUAUCAAGAAGCUGGAAUAGCUAAGAGAUAAAAAGAAGGAGGAGUAUGAGAUGGCCUAAGAGCUUAAGAUUACAAAGAGACAGGCUAAGUUUGCAGAUGCUGGAUCUCAGUUUCCUGGCCCAUCUAUCAUUGAAAAGAAUCAAGCAAAGAUACUCAGAUCGAAGCAAAGAUAGGAGAAGCGAAAUGUUGCUUUGGAGAAAUAGCAUCUUCUUGUCAAACCUAAGCACAGUGGUUUGAUGGAGGCUGUGAAGACCUUAUUUGGGGCAAGGGAUGGUAAGACUUUAGAGGUUAUUGACAAAUCUACUUUAUUUGUCUUCUAUGCUCUAAUAAUGGUCAUUUGCCUAGGAGUCACAAUAAUGCUAUUUCUAGCCAGUCAGGGAAUCAACAGCUCUAAUUCUUAUAUUGAUGCUCUAAAGUCCACUUAGCCUGCAGAACCUGCUAAUCUACAGCUUCCUUUAUACCAAGGAUCAAUGGCUAAAAAUAACUAGACACUGCCUAAUGUGGAAAUGAUAGACGGAGUGCAGAUCUCCAAGAGGAAGCGAUCUGGAGUCAUGCCUCAGAUGUCCAAAGUUUAAGACUAAAAGCAAAAUAAUGUAGAUGUCAAAAGUGUUGGCAAAUAAAUUGAAAAUGAUUAAGUUAUUAACAAGAAUCUUAUUUUGGACUAAGUAAACAGCUAAGGGUAGUGA